AUGGUAAAGGAUUUAGUUAGUAAGUCUCAAAACCCAAUGUUCGAUGUUAUGCUCGUUUAUGUGCCAAAACGUUGUAACAACCAAAUGGAUGAGGAGGACAUCGCGGAGCUACACACGCUCUGCCUGGAGGUCAUGGAGCCUUGGGAUCGCUCCUUCGUGAUUGAUUUCCACGACAAAGAGCACCCAGGACAGUUGCAAAAUCAGCAGCAACAACAAGUUUAUCAACAACACCAACAACAGAAACAUCAACAACACCAACAGCAGGAACAACACCAACAGCAGGAACAACAACAUCAAGAAGAACUACAAGAACAACUUCAACAGCAGCAACAUCAACAUGAACAGCAACAACACCAACAGAAACUCCGAAGAGGGAGGAAACAAAAGAAUGAUGUCAUUAUUGAAGAGCGAAUUAAAAUUUUGACUGAUUUAAGUACCAAAAUUAAGCGGUUUAAUUUAAAUGGGCGGAAAAUUGCUUUUAAAAUCAACCCUAUUCCAAGUCAUGAAGAUCCAACUUCAUGGAUAAGAAAGGCGAUUGAAGAUAUGGUACGAUUUGCUGUGAAAGGUCUAAAUGAAUCCGACAAGGUGGGAAUAACGUUUUCUGGUAAAAGUUUUGCUCAUGAGCGAGGUAGUGGAUGGAUCAACUACAAAACCUGUUCAGAGCUCAACAUGGAUGAUGUUUGGGAAAUGAUUUCCAAAAUAUUCCAAAGUAAUUCUGAUGGCCUAAGCACGGAUGUUUUUACUUUAUCUAUAACAUCAGUUCAAAUGCCAGCUGGAGAAGGAAGACAACCUACCUAUAUGUACAAUUCUUUCAACGAUAAAAAAAAUAUAUUUAUUAUAUUAUAA